AUGUCAGACAUCACACUCUACAGCUAUUUCCGCUCCAGCUGCUCAGCCCGCGUCCGCAUGUCCCUGGACAUCAAGGGCAUCCCCUACGACUACGUCCCCGUCAACCUCCUCAAGGGCGACCAGCUCUCGGACGAGCACCGCGCCAUCAACCCCUCGGCCUCAGUCCCCCUCCUCGUCCCCAAGCCCAGCGGCGCAGACCAAGGCACAGGCGUCCCCUUCCGCAUCGGCCAGUCCCUCGCUGCCCUAGAAUAUCUUGAGGAGGCCUACCCAGACACCACCCGCCUCCUUCCCAGCGAUGUCAGAGCCCGCGCCAUCGUCCGCGCCCUCGCCAACAUCAUCGCGGCCGACACGCAGCCCGUGACCAACCUGCGCAUCAUGCGCCGCGUCCGCGAGCUGGGCGGCAGCGCCGAGGACUGGAACAAGUCCCUCAUGGCCGAGGGCCUGCGCGCCUACGAGGCCGUCAGCGCGCCGUACGCCGGGAGAUUCUCAUACGGCGACGAGGUCUCGAUCGCGGACCUGUGCCUGCUGCCGGCGGCGUGGAAUGCCCAGCGGUUCGGGGUCGAUCUGGCCGAGUUCCCUGUCGUGAGCAGGGUGGUGAAGAAUCUGGAGGGGGAGCCGGCGAUGCAGAAGGCGUCGUACUUUAAGCAGGUUGAUACGCCUGAGAAUCUACGGGCUUGA